AUGGCUGCCAAGGACCCCAUGGCUUUCGAGCAGGCCUCAACAAAGGAAGAUGGCAUCACCAGCCAACUCGAGGAUCCUCUAACUCGCGCUGCCUACCGCAAACUAGUGCAUAAGAUUGAUCGAAGGUUGAUCACGACAUGCGGCUUCAUGUACUGUGUCAGUCUCGUCGACCGGACGAAUCUCGGCUCGGCGAACAUUGCCGGCAUGUCGAAGGACCUGGAGUUGACCGUUGGCUACCGAUACCUUCCGGCCACGGUCGCCUGUCGAAAGAUCGGCGCCAAGGUCUUCCUGCCGGGCAUCACGCUGGCAUGGGGCUUUCUGCUGGAUGGACUCGGCGGCCUUGAAGGCUGGAGAUGGAUCUUCCUGAUGGAGGGCCUUAUCACCGUUGUCGUUGCCACCAUCUGCUACUUUACCAUUGUCGACUUUCCCGAUCGAGCCCACAACAAGUCAAAAUUCCUGACCAAGGAAGAGUGCGAGAUUGUCAUGGACAAGAUCAACGCUGAUCGCAGUGACGCCGACGAAGAGGCGUGGGACUUCCGCAAGCUGAUCGCCUCCGGAAAAGAUCCUCUCAUUUAUGGCUACGCCCUGAUCUUCUUUGGCUUGACUGCCAUCACCUACGCCGUGGCGUACUUCCUCCCCAUGAUCCUUCGCGACCAGAUGGGCUUCUCGCUCGCUGCGUCCCAGUGCCUCAUUGCGCCGCCCUACUUUGUGGCCUGUCUGUACAUGUUCGCUACGGCCUGGAUCAGCGACAAGUACCGCAUCCGCGGCCCAGUCAUGAUGUUCAACUCGGUUGUCGGCAUUGCUGGUUUGGCUUUGAUGGGCUUCGCGUCCAACAGCGGCGCCGCCUACUUUGGCGUCUUCCUCAUCUGCUGCGGCUUCAACACCAACAUUCCCGCUUGCAUGACCUAUCAGUCCAACAAUAUCCGCGGCCAGUGGAAGCGUGCCUUUUGCUCUGCGACCCUCAUCGGCUCAGGCGGUGUCGGCGGUGUCGGCGGUGUCGGGGGGUUCCCUCAUGUUCCGCAGCCAAGACGCGCCCGGAUAGCACUUCCCCAUCCCCUCCGUCGUCCAAGUACUCUUCUCGGGCCGCCACACCUCCACCGUCCCGUCCCCCUCCACGCCAACCUCAGCCCUGUCAACAGCCACGACCUCCCCCUGCCCCUUGAACGAAAAGCACCGCACGCCGCACGUCCGGCAGAAGAAGAAGGCCGUGCUGCCCUCGCCCGGCCCGCGCGGCCGGUACGCGCCCAGCGCGCCGAGGUCCCGCGGCGCGAGCAGCGCAAAGUCGUCCGGCGGCGACGCGGGCCGCACGUGCAGCAGCCCGGCCUUGUGGCAGACGGUGCAGUUGCAGCGGUAGACGCACGGCUUGUCGGCUGGGGAGCUGCGCUGCGUGGGCGUCACGGCGUGGGCGGUUAG